CAGUGACAUUGGUUCAUGUGUCUCCGGAGCAAAGGGAGCACAUUUGGUUUGGGCCAUGCAGCUAUUAAUAACAGCAAACACCACACCAUGUCGUCGCUUCUCCUCUGCACUCUGUUGCUUUUAAAUUGGGUGUCUUGUUCCAAGGCAGGAAACUGCGAAGUGUGCGUGGGAUUUCUCCACAGACUAUAUGGAAGCGUGACGGCAACCCAUAAAGAGCUGACCCCUGCUCUGAUGGAGAAAGAACUUUUGCGAGCUUGCUCUAUUGCACAGGGGAAGGAGGCGAGGCUGUGUUACUACCUCGGUGCCAGCAACGACGCAGCCACCCGCGUCACAGGGUCUGUCUCGCAGCCUCUGGCCUCCCACGUUCCUGUGGAGAAGAUAUGCCAGCGCCUCAGCAGCAGGGACACGCAGAUAUGUGAACUUAAACAUGAGCCCGAGUUGAGGGACCUGAGCAGUGAAGACCUGAAAAAGAUGCGAGUGCUGGAGCUGAGGAAUAUUUUAGCCUCGUGGGGAGAGGAGUGCCGAGGGUGCCUGGAGAAACACGAGUUCGUCAGCCUCAUCCUGGAGAAAGCCCCGCGCCAGAGUCGAAAAGGAGAAUUGUGAAUUACCAUGUUUAAAAAAAAUAAUUAAAAAAAGCAAUUCAAAUAUAUUAAAA